AUGACUACUCCUCUUUACGCAUCCGCUGCAGAGAUCCUCAAAGACCCCCCGGUGGUCGAUUCCGCGAAGGUUAAUUGCGGGUACAGCGUCUGGGACCACCAUGCCAUAGACGCCGUUGCGACUAUGGAACCUCCGACUGGCGAGUAUCUGGAGUUUCUUACGUAUCGGGAGCUUCAAGAGAAAGGAGAAAACACAGUCAUCCACUAUGACCACAAAUACAAAUUGAGCCUGCUGCGUGAUGCUGAGCCUGCUGAUAAAGUCAAAGAGAAGUGGAAGGAAUACCAAACGAUAUUCAAGGCCAACCGUUUUCUGGAAAAGGUAACAUUCGACAGCGUCGAAUUGCGGAAGCGGCUCUCGCCGGCCGAGCUCGGAGUUCAAUUGACGAGAAUCUGCUUCAUUGGACUAGGCUCUCUCGCGGGAGGCAAGGUGACGGCUUUUCGACAGCACUUUCUCGCUGCGGAGAUCAUCGCCGAAGUGCAGGAAGCUGUGAAAGGUCCAGGAGAAUCGUAUGUCCUCCUCGUUUCCGGGACAAGUUCUCCACUGAACGAAUGCGCUAACGAAGCCCAGGAACACGAAGCCGAAGCUAGAAGUGACCUUCUUCGAGCCCACCUACACGAAGACAGACGAGAAGUGCAUAGACAAGUUCUUCGACGAGACCGGAUGCACCAUCUACGUCACGCCCAGGUUCAACGCAGCUAA